AUGCGAAAGGAGUUGUUGGGAUGUGGAUUAUCAGAAGAUGGCCAGCUUGGACUAGGUAGUCGAAGCGCAGCAUGUGUCAAGCUUCCCGAGCAGAUAGUCGGUGCCCCUCUGGAUGAUGCGGGCACAGCGGUGCUAAGCGUUGCAUGUGGAGAGAAGCACACUAUAUUACUUGCGGAAGAUGGCAAGAUGUGGAGUGUUGGAGGGAAUGAAGAC